AUGGCCUUGAAUCAUUUCUCUGACAAAUUUGGAAAAGCUGUCAAUACCAGCAAAUACGCAGAAAGCUACCGUAUUCAGACCUAUGCUGAAUAUGUGGGGAAAAAACACGAGGAGAAGCAGAUCAAGAGAAAGUGGCCAGAAGAUAGUUGGAAGGAGAUUGAGAGAAAGCGGUUAAAUCAGUGUAUAUCCUGUGCUCUGCAGAAUCACUAUUACCGCACCAAUAGUCCUACAGCUACCAGCACAGGAAGAAAGAGAAAGCUGAGCCUCAGUCAAGCAGAAGCUGGCUCGGAGGCAAGAGAGACUUCUGACCUUGAGUUUGAGCAGACAGAUUCCUGUGCUGAACCCCCCACCGAGGGAAGGAAAAAGACGAAGAAAUUUAAAAAAAUGAAGAAGGACCUUUCUCCAGCGGGAGGCGUCUCGGACAGCUCUGCCAAGCUCUUUGAAGUUCCUGACACGUGGUAGCCGAGGCCUGAGCAAGACAAGUCGUGGUGCUGUCGCUGGGAAGGAACCAGCGGCACCUUGGAAGCCAUACCCUAUUCAAUAAGUGUGGUGUGGGAGGGCUUUGAAAACGGCGUCUCCUGGAAAAAGCUCAGCUUUUGUUUUUGUGGCUGUGUUUUUUUCCUUCCUUUCGAUUGUAAAUGCUGACACUCAGCACGGUUGUAGGCUGUUAAGGUGUACAUUAUUAACCAGUUAUUUGUUGCUCAUGUGAAACCUUUCCUGUGAUGAAUUAGCGUGUGUAAGAAUCCACCUGAUGGGGGGUGUCGGCUGUGAAAUAUGCAGAAAGAGAUGACAUCCUUGGGGGCUGUGAUGACGAGUUUGGGGUUGAACUCCUUCCUGCUUCAAGGGGUUUCCUUGUCUCCUCACGCUCGUACUCCGCAGCAGUCCUAGCACAUGGUUACCGUCUCCUAGUGGGGAAAUAGGUUAUGUCUGUCUGCUUCCCACCUUAGCUGCCUGAAAAUAUGAAGCUUUCAAGCUUAUUUUUCCAGUAGAAAAAUCUCUACCGAUAAAGGAGCUUACCAUAUGCCUUGGCCUUGGCAUAUUUAUUUAGAGUUAUUUUUGCUAAGAUGUGAGUUUCUUGCGCUGGGACAAGUAAAAAAGUUAAUUUCUGUUUUUACAUGUAGUGCUCUGUUCACUUGUCAGUGUGGUUGUCUCCUGUGUGUGGGUGGCUAUCUGGGAGGAAGGUGGCAUGUGUGUAUACCUGUGUGUGUGUGCGUGUGUGAAAUCAUGGCAAAGCUACGUGUACCCGCCCUUCCUCUGUCGAAGCAGGUCACAAUGGAGACGGAAUUUUGUGGAUCUACUUCAGUAGAGCUGCUUCAUAGAGGUCAUUGUUAGAUAUAUAACAUUUUUGUAUCACAGAAAUAAUGAAAAAUGUAUUUCCAAAAGGUGAAAAUUAAAGACAUUU